AUGGAAGCCGACCUCCAACUUCUGCCGCAACCUUCUACCACCACCACCAAUCAUGAAGAAGUCCGAAAGCCACCUCCGCGUCAACCAAAACGUUUCAUAAAGAACCAAAUCCCUGACUCCAUCAUCAACGACCCGGCUCUCAACGCCGCCAUAGCUCUCCUCCCCUCCAACUACAGCUUCGAAAUCCACAAAUCCGUCUGGCGUAUCCGCUCCACCGGUGCUAAACGCGUCGCUCUUCAGUUCCCUGAAGGUCUCCUCAUGUACUCCUUAGUCAUCUCCGACAUCAUCACCGCCUUCGCCGACGUCGAACGGUGCUUCGUCCUUGGUGACGUUACUUACGGUGCUUGCUGCGUCGACGACCUUUCCGCGGCAGCUCUCGACGCCGAUCUACUCAUCCAUUACGGCCAUAGCUGCCUUGUUCCUGUAGAUAACACCGUCAUCCCCUGCCUCUACGUCUUCGUCGAUAUCAAAAUCGACGUUGAGCGGCUAAUCAACACCGUGAAGCUAAAUUUUGAUCCGUCAAUCGCUACGAAGCAGCUUAUCCUCGCCGGUACGAUUCAGUUUGCAACCGCGAUUCGAUCUGCUAAACUUGAAUUGGAAAACGCAGGGUUUAAGGUUUUGAUUCCUCAAUCGAAGCCGCUAUCAGCCGGUGAAGUUCUCGGUUGCACUGCUCCGACUAUUCCAAUGAGUCAAUUCAAAAACGAAAGUGACGUAGUUCUGGUGUUUGUAGCUGAUGGGAGGUUUCAUUUAGAAGCAUUCAUGAUCGCAAACCCUAAAAUCAAGGCUUUUCGCUACGAUCCUUACAUCGGAUCCUUGUUCUUAGAAGAGUACGAUCACAAGGGGAUGAAAGAGUGCAGAAUGAACGCCAUAUUAAAAGCUCGAGAGGCUAAAAACUGGGGGAUUGUGUUGGGUACUUUAGGAAGACAAGGGAACCCUAGAAUACUCGAUAGGUUAGAGAAGAAGAUGAGAGAAAAGGGUUUUUCAUGGACGAUUGUAUUGAUGUCAGAGCUAUCUCCCGCUAGAAUUUCUUUGUUUGGUGAUUCAGUUGAUGCUUGGAUCCAGAUUGCAUGCCCUAGGUUAUCAAUUGAUUGGGGGGAUGCGUUUGUGAAGCCAUUGUUGACCUCAUUUGAAGCUGAGAUUGCACUUGGUGAUUACCCUGGUUGGUGGGAGAGAAAAGCUGUUGUUAUAGAUAGUUCUAACUCAAAUUGCUGUGAAAAGAAUGAAGCUUGUUGUGGGAACAACAAUGGCAGUGAUUAUCCGAUGGAUUAUUAUUCUCAGGAUGGAGGAGAGUGGAACUCAUGUUAUCAGAAGAAACCAACUCGGCCUUUAAGAAGAAAUAGUGUUUUGAAAUGA